AUGGGUAAAAAAACUGGUCAUGAGAAUGGAAGAAAAGAAGUCAAAAGCGACAAUAAAAAAGUUGAAGAUGUUAAAUCAAUGAUUGUAAACACAGAACUUGGUGUUGUUGAUAUUGGUAAAGAACAAUUAAUAUCUUCAAAAUCUACACCUACGCCUACAUCCACGACCAUUACUAAUAGUUCUGGAAUAAAUGAAUCGAUGACUACUCAACAAAAAGAGCAUCAGCUUUCCCAUCUAGCUAAUCAGGCAUCAAAUAAUUCAAUUCAGUUGGCAAAACAUGUACCAAGAAAUAGAAAUAAGUAUUGCACAAAACUCAGGUACAGAACAACAACCAUAAAUGCAUUAUCAUCUAGUAGUCCACUUAUUUCUGGAUUUGGUGUAGCAGGCAGACAUGCGAAUGAGUUGUCAAAACUACUGAUAUGCUAG